UAUGCUUGUUGACGAAAUAUUCAUGUGAAUAUUUGCUAAUGGGUGCUAAUGAAGGUUGAAUUGACCUCAACAAGCUUUCUACCUUCUUCAGUGUCACUCCCUUCAAGCUUCCGCCAUCUCUCUCUUCUCCUUCAUCUUGUUUGCCCCCGCUGACCAAGGGUUCUAGACACGCUACUGGUUGGGAGGAUGAAGGGUGUGUUUUGGCUUCUAGUUGUAUCAGUGGUGAUUGCAUCAUGGAUUCCUCUUUCACACUGCGCCAAAAAACCGGUUGGGAUCGCUAGAAAGGAGGAUGUACCGUACAUAAAGUGUCAAGUUUGUGAGAUACUUGCAAAACAGUUGUAUCAGCAAGUUCAGAGCAAGAAAGCUGAGAUUUCCCCCAAGAAGAUCUCAGAGUACCAAAUCAUUGAGAUAGCAGAGAAUGUUUGUAAUCUGAAAAAGGUUGAAGCAGAUUGGAUAUUGCGUAUAGAUAUUGUAGAAAAAGCAGAUAGGUUGGAGCUGGAAGAACAUGAUUCUGAAGGACAGUGCAAUUCUGAAUGAUAGACAGUUGAGCGUGCUUGUCAGGAGGUUUUGGGAUAUUCUGAUACCGAUGUUGCUGAAUAUCUAUAUAGUUCCAAGCCUGAUAUUGACUCAUUAACCAAUUAUCUGUGCAAAGACCUUAGCAAAGCAUGCAAUACCAAGCCACCCCCUGUCCCUAAGGACAGGACUCCUGGUGAACCAUUUGUUGCAAAGUCUUCUAAGGAGGCUGAAAUGGAAAAGCUUCUAAAAUCUAUGGAGGGCAUGCCAGGAGCGCCCGGCAUGAAAAUGUACUCAAGAGAUGAUUUAAUGAAAAAGAAUUUCGGUGCUGAAAAUGAAGAUGACGAUGAAGAUGAGGAUGAGGAAGAAGAUGAGGCAGACUUUCCUUCAAAAUUGGGAAAAGUUUUGAAAUCAAAAGAAAAUGAAAAAGGUGAUUGGAAACAGAAGAUAAGAAAAGGAAUUGUGGACACGGGCACGACACUUAAGAAACAUGCAACCAAAGUUUCCAAUCAUAUUCAACGGUGGUGGAAGGGAAAGAAGACAACCUCUUCAAAGAAGAAUUCGAAGUCAGAGCUUUAGAGCUCCUCAUAAACUAAAUCUGCAUCUUCUGAUUAUGGAAUAUUUUCAAGGCAUUUCCAGUGUUUUGUUACAUGUACUACACCCAAGAGACCAAGAGAGAUUGGAAGUAGGAAUAUUCUGAAGCAAUCAAAUGAGGACUUUACAAUCACCACUUUUGAGUGAUUCAUAUUCCAAUCAAGGAUUUGCUAUCUACAUGUAUUUUAUCAGUGAGGCAAUUAUGUAUGAGAGUGAGGGUAUACCAGCUAAACUAUAGUGAUGUUUAAGAUGUUCCCUCGGGUGUUAAAUGUUGAGAUUAUUGACAUCCUUUUUUGAAAAUUUUGACAAUCAAUUUACAGUCUUACCACCACAUCCCACAUCUGAAUUUCCUUAUGUAUUAAUAGAGUAAAGAAACAAUCAAUAGAUAUUUAUUGCCAUCGA